AUGUCAUUAUUUGACGGCUCCUGUACCAAACAGUUAACAUAUUUUGAUGUCACCAAAUGUAUUGAUAGUAGCACUAAUGAACCAAAUGGUGACGAUGAAUCGAUUGCUGAUUCCUGGGUUGAUAUCGCUCCAUCACGAGGCUCCUUGUCAAGCACCGAUGCAGCUGUGACUUUUGACGCGGAUGCUCUACAACGAGAUUUUAGCCGGGAUAGUCCGGUUAGUGUUCAUAGUUCAAUCAUCGAAUUCGAAGCUAAUUUGGAGCAAGUAAAGUGUCGUCUGACAAAAGAUUUGCCAACAAGAAUGUCAACAGAUUGGAUAUGGGAUUGGAGUAGUCGACCUGAAUGUGUUCCUGUUGGGAGUCAUAAUCAUCGUUCAGUGGUGUCUACACCGCCGAACAGCCUACAAGGCAGCAGUGUCGCAUCAUUUUAUAGGUGUCAGGAGAAACAGUCGUUUACUCGAUUACGGGUAUUGUGUGGUUUGGUUUUCUCAAAUUUCUUCACCUUCGUCAUUGGUGCUGCAAUCGGGUUUUAUGUGUGUAAGCGAAUAGUUCGUGAUAAGAGGGACUAUUGA